AUGUCCGCUCCAGUGCACUCCCGCUGCCGACAUCUUGCUCUUCAGAGAGCUUUGGACAGUGGAGCUUCCCAGUGGGACUGGGUUGCUCUUCAACACGUGGUCCUCGCCCUCCAGCCAUCUGUGGCUGUGAGCUCCUUCUUCUACGCCUUCCUGAACCUCCUGGUCAGCGCCCUUGUGGUCUUCCUGGUCUUCAUCGCGAGCACCAUCGUGAGCGUGGGCUUCACCAUGUGGUGUGAUGCCAUCACCGAAAAGGGCACCAUGUCCCGCAGCUGUGAAGAGCUCCAGGACAUUGACCUGGAGCUGAAUGUGGACAACUCUGCCUUCUACGACCAGUUUGCUAUCGCCCAGUUCGGCCUCUGGGCUGCGUGGCUGGCCUGGCUGGCCAUCACUACCCUGGCCUUCCUGAAAGUCUACCACAACUACCGCCAGGAGGACCUGCUGGACAGCCUGAUCCAUGAGAAGGAGCUGCUGCUGGCCAGGCCGUCCCCACGGGCCUCCCUCCAAGAGGACAGGAGUGCUGUCAUCUAG